UCUUUAGAUCUUCUAACCUCCCGUUCGCAAAACAAACACCCCCUUCUUUCUCUCUCCUCUCACAUAAGUAUAUCCUCAAUCUCUCAUAUAAAAGUGUUUCAAUCCUUCAACUUCAAAUUCUCUACAUAUUUACAUAUAAAAUACCCUCAAUUUCAAACUCUUGGCGCUUGAUUUUGAUUUCUCCUCAGCCCUGUACUAUAUAAAAAUUCAGGAGCUUCAGCUAAGGUGAUAGUGUAAUUUGGAAGAAAGAAAAGGGGUUGUGGGGAUAAAAGUGAGAAUAAAUGGCAGAACAAAGCUUGGAAGGUAGCCAGCCAGUCGAUUUAGUGAAACAUCCAUCUGGGAUUGUUCCUACUCUUCAAAAUAUUGUCUCAACUGUCAAUUUAGACUGCAAGUUGGAUCUUAAAGCAAUCGCAUUGCAAGCUCGUAAUGCAGAAUAUAACCCAAAGCGUUUUGCUGCAGUGAUCAUGAGAAUAAGGGAACCAAAGACCACUGCUUUAAUAUUUGCUUCUGGUAAAAUGGUUUGCACUGGAGCUAAGAGUGAGAAUCAAUCAAAACUAGCUGCUCGCAAGUAUGCUCGAAUCAUUCAGAAGUUGGGAUUUCCAGCAAAGUUUAAGGAUUUCAAGAUUCAAAAUAUUGUUGGGUCAUGUGAUGUUAAGUUUCCUAUCAGACUGGAGGGGCUUGCAUAUUCUCAUGGUGCUUUCUCUAGUUAUGAACCGGAAUUAUUUCCUGGCUUGAUCUACCGAAUGAAGCAGCCCAAGAUUGUGUUGCUUAUAUUUGUGUCAGGGAAAAUUGUUCUCACAGGAGCUAAGGUAAGGGAAGAGACUUACUUGGCGUUUGAGAACAUAUAUCCAGUGCUUACUGAGUUUAGGAAAAGCCAGCAAUGAUGAUUAUCAUGAAAUCAAGGGAGUUGCUGAGCACAUCUGUUCUAGGAGUUUAAAACGCCUCUCAUCAACUUAACUGUAAAUAGAUGAAAGGAUAUGCUGGCGCCUGCUUCUGGUGGAUUUGAUGAUAAUUCAUGAUGUGUGGCUGUUGGUGUCGUCCAAAAUCAUUUUUUUAUGUCCUCCCCUAUCCCCAGAUGAUGAUGUAUAAGCUUCACGAACUCUUUUAAGUGUUCAAACAGUAACUGACUAGAAUGAGAAUUACAUAAAUUUUGGAUAAAAAUUUCUAUUCUAUAUAGUUUCUGUUACUUGUUCUCUCUCUUUUUAACCUUAAGCUUGGUAUGAAAACAAUUAACAUUAAGAUUCAAAAGAUAUAAUUGUAGUUUUAUAUA